AUGAUUCGGGGGAUCGAGGCAGCUAUGGCGGAGAACCAGUCCCCGCUGCUCCAGCAGCAGCCGCCGCCGCCCCCGGUCAUCUUUUGCCAUGAUUCCCCCAAACGGGUCCUGGUGUCGGUCAUCAAGACGACCCCGAUCAAGCCCAAGAGGAGCAGCGAGCAGGAGCCACCGCCGCCACUCAUCCCAACCAGCCCAGGCUUCAGUGACUUCAUGGUAUACCCUUGGCGCUGGGGCGAAAACGCGCACAACGUGACGCUGAGCCCCGGGGGCCCCGGCGGGGGCAGCUGCUGUGGGGCUUCAGUCGUGGCCGCCUCCCCCGCCUCUUCCUCCGUCAGCGCCCAGCAGGCGCUCCGGGGCCGGGGAGGACCAGCCUCCACCGUGGUGGCCACAGCAAUCUCCGGAGGAGAAGAGGAGGAGGCGGGCAGCCCGGACAGCAGCCACCUGAGGGAUGGGAUCAGACGUGGUCGGCCCAGAGCAGAUACUGUCCGGGAUUUAAUAAAUGAGGGAGAGCACUCUUCUAGCAGAAUUCGUUGUAACAUCUGUAAUAGAGUAUUUCCAAGGGAAAAAUCUCUACAGGCACACAAAAGGACUCAUACUGGUGAAAGGCCUUAUUUGUGUGACUACCCAGACUGUGGGAAAGCCUUUGUUCAAAGUGGACAGCUCAAAACACAUCAACGUCUCCACACAGGAGAAAAGCCUUUUGUUUGUUCAGAAAAUGGAUGCUUAAGUAGAUUUACACAUGCUAAUCGCCAUUGUCCUAAGCAUCCUUAUGCAAGGCUGAAGAGAGAAGAACCAACUGAUGGGCUGAACAUAAAUCAGACUGCUGACAACAAAGCUGUGGCUGAGUGGCUAGCAAAGUAUUGGGAAACAAGAGAACAGCGCACCCCAACCUUGAAAGGCAAGCCCAUUCAGAAAGCAGAUCAGGAGCAGCAAGAUCCCUUGGAAUACAUUCAGUCUGAUGAAGAGGAUGAUGAUAAAAAUGGGGUCCGCCGACUUCUUCAAGAACAACGGGAACGCCUGCAUGGAGCUCUUGCUCUCAUAGAGCUUGCAAAUCUGACCGGAGCACCGCUUCGUCAGUAG